AUGUCGGACGUGCUGGCCGCCGCUGCCGGCUCCCGCUUCGAGCCUCCGGCCGCCGGGGCGCCGGGCGGCUGCGCGCCCCAGGUCCCCUCAGAAAAUGAAGACUCAGCCCAAAAGACAGAGCCUGCAGAUCAGCUGGUUAAUUCUUUGGAGUCCAGUACUUCGCAGAGCGGAUUGCAGAUUGGCUUGCUGUUGAGUGCGGGUGUGACAGAGGAUUCGAAGGAAGAAGCUGGCACUUUGGAGGACCAGAAAGUGGCUGAACUAGAAGAGAAGCUGCCUGACCAAACCCAGGCCCUCAGAGAGGAAGCUGUUGUUCAGAUAACCAGCUACCAUGUACCUCAAGGAGCAGGGGAUAUAGUCAUGAUUCAGUCAGAUCACACUGGUGCCGUGGAUAUCCUUUCAGCUGAGCUGGAGACUGCAGACCUCCUUGGGGAGCAGAGGAAAGCUCAGCCUCCCCCUCUGGCUCCACCCACCAUGUGGACUACUGAGAAGACAAAGGAAUUCAAAGCCAAGAUGGGAAAGGAGAAGAAUGGCCGGAUGGUGGUGAAGCGAGGCGAGGUGGUGACAGUCCGUGUGCCAACCCAUCCUGAUGGGAAAUGCAUUUGCUGGGAGUUUGCUACAGAUGACUAUGACAUUGGAUUUGGAGUCUAUUUUGACUGGACCACGGUUACUAGUACUGCCAUUACUGUUCAGGUCAGCGAAUCCAGUGAUGAGGAGGAUGAAGAGGAGGAGGAGGAAAUUGAAGGACUCACCCCUGUUGGUGACGUGGAAAGGGGCUCCAAAAGCUAUCUGCGGAACCGCUACGGAGAGAUCAUGCCUGUAUAUCGGAGGAACAGCCAUCGGGAGGUGCAGGCAGGCAGCCACGAGUACCCAGGCGAGGGCAUCUACCUGCUGAAAUUUGAUAACUCGUACUCUCUCCUCCGCAAUAAGACUCUGUUCUUUCAUGUCUAUUACACUAGCUGAAGAAAUGGGAAGGGGCAGGGACGGCAGGUAAUGGUGAGUGUAGCAGGCUGCCACCCAGCCCUGGUACCACCUCAUGGGCACUGCUAUGUGACAGAACCAAGGCACAAUUCUGCUGGCUCCUCUUCAGACACUAACUGGUUUCUCCCCACACCCUCCUUCCCCGCUGUCCCAGUGGAGAAAAGGUAGUUGUGACUGCCUGGUCGUCCACAGGCAGCUGCU